GAUCCACUCUGUGUAGCUAUGAACUACAGCCAUCAGAAUACACUACAGACCCAAGAGCUGCCAAGUUAUGUCCUAAUUAUCCUGUUCCAGAGAGUGCACCUAUUCCAUUCUUCCAUCGCUGUGCUCCUGUGAACAUUUCCUGCUAUGCCAAGUUUGCAGAGGCCCUGAUCACCUUUGUCAGUGACAGUAGUGUCUUACACAGGCUGAUUAGUGGAGUUAUGACCAGCAAAGAGAUUAUAUUGGGACUUUGCUUGUUAUCACUAGUGUUGUCCAUGAUUUUGAUGGUUAUAAUCAGGUACAUUUCAAGAGUACUUGUCUGGAUUUUAACAAUUCUUGUCAUUCUGGGAUCACUCGGUGGUACAGGAGUCCUGUGGUGGCUCUAUGCUAAGCAGCGAAUAUCUGCCAGUGCUGUUGAGACUCAAAUAGCCAAAGACAACCGUCAGGCUCUCCUGGUCUAUGCCAUUUCGGCCACAGUCUUUACGGUUGUCUUGUUCUUGAUAAUGUUAAUUAUGCGCAAACGAGUCGCUCUCACCAUUGCCUUGUUCCACGUGGCCGGCAAGGUCUUCAUUCACCUGCCACUGCUAGUCUUCCAGCCAUUCUGGACAUUCUUUGUGCUUGCCCUCUUCUGGACAUACUGGAUCGCAGUCUUGCUUUUCCUGGGUACUACAGGUAGUCCUGUCCCAAAUGAAGAAGGAUUUGUUGAAUUUCAGAUGGUAGGUCCUUUGAAAUAUAUGUGGUGGUACCAUGUAGUGGGACUCGUCUGGAUCAGCGAGUUUAUCCUAGCCUGUCAGCAGAUGACAGUAGCAGGGGCUGUUGUGACGUACUAUUUUACAAGGGAGAAAAGGAAUCUGCCAUUUACUCCUAUUCUGGCAUCUGUUAAUCGCCUUGUUUGUUACCACCUAGGAACAGUAGCAAAGGGGUCUUUCAUUAUCACACUAGUGAAGAUACCACGAAUGAUUCUUAUGUAUAUUCAUACACAGCUGAAAGGAAAAGAAAAUGCCUGUGCUCGCUGUAUGCUUAAAGCCUGCAUCUGCUGCCUUUGGUGUCUAGAAAAGUGCCUGACCUACUUAAAUCAGAACGCGUAUACAGCCACAGCCAUCAACAGCACCAACUUCUGCACCUCAGCAAAGGAUGCCUUUGUUAUUCUAGUGGAAAAUGCUUUGCGAGUGGCUGCCAUAAACACAGUUGGGGAUUUUAUGCUAUUUUUAGGAAAGGUCCUGAUUGUCUGCAGUACAGGUUUGGCUGGGAUUAUGUUGCUGAAUUACCAACGGGAUUACACCAUCUGGGUGCUGCCCCUCAUCAUUGUCUGCCUCUUUGCAUUCCUGGUUGCUCACUGCUUCCUUUCCAUUUAUGAAAUGGUUGUUGAUGUCCUUUUCUUAUGUUUUGCCAUCGACACAAAAUACAAUGAUGGGAGUCCUGGGAGGGAAUUCUACAUGGAUAAAGUUCUCAUGGAGUUUGUGGAGAACAGUAGGAAAUCUAUGAAAGAAGCUGGCCGAGGAGGUGGAGCUGAGGGCAGAGAGCUGAAACCAAUGGUAGGUGCAGAUGAGGAGGUGGCGAUCCUCCAAGAGUUUCACUUUUACUUCUUCUCCCUCUUUGUCUUUACUGACUGCACUUCUUCAGGAGAAGUUUUUGUUCUCUGUAUCACUCAAGAUGUUCUGCUUUUUCUGUUUGUGAGCUUGCCUAUCACCUGGAUGGCAGAGUUUUUGUCACAGCUGAGACCAUCUCCUGUAAAA